UGGGGGGCGGAGUUAUACUUAAGGCCAGGUGAUCAGGAGCAAGUCCAUGUAGACACAGUGAGGAUUGUGGCAGCACCUUGACCCCCCCCCUCUGUGUGUUGCCGGUUACUGACCUGGAUGUGACAUUGGGUAAGGAUCUUUGGAUUUUAGGGAGGUGACAGGAGGCCCAGGAGAUGUGAAGAGCGCUUGUCAUCGCAGCGAGGCGUCCACUGCAGGAGGUGACCAUGUCUGUCGGCACAUUGCAAUCGGCUGGGAUGGGGGCCCCGCUCACUUCGGUGAUGCCCUUUCGCAUACUGAACAAAGGCCCCGAAUACUUUCGGCGUCAGGGGGAGAACGGAGCGCGGAAGCCCAGCGCGGUGGAGAGGCUGGAAGCUGACAAGGCAAAGUACGUGAAGAGCAAGCAAGUGGCCAGUACGAAGCAGGAGCCCAUCAGGCCGGUACUGUCCAGGCAGCCGCUUUUCUCUCCAGGUGUGCGGAGGGUGCUGCUUACUCCGAGUCGCAGGUGCUCCCCCACUUCACCUCGCGGGGAGAACAGAGCUCCCAAAAGUUCCUUGAAUCUGGAAAUACUGAACAAUCUGAUCAAUAUCUGCGACAGCCCACUGACCUCUCCACGGGCGGACAAGGCUCCAUGGCAGGAACCGGAGAAGAUGCAGAUUUCGUCCACCCCAAGCACCCCGGUCAGCCAUCGGACUCCCAACACGAUGGCGGUGCGCAGAGUGGACGUUCGACCAGGUGACGUAGUACCCCGCAUUCAGUGUCCAGAUAUCCUUGUUAGCGCAUCGGUUGAGUCCCCCUCAAAUUCAUGCCUGCCUGUUGACAGCCCCCUCUGUUCACCCGCCGGCACCCCGAACGACCCGGGCAAAAAACAGACCCUCCUGCACCGUUCCAAGUCGGACUUGAGCGACCGCUACUCUCGAGCCAGCGCCAACCUCGAACGUUUCUUCAAUUACUGCGGACUGGACCCCGGCGAGGUUUCUAAUAUCGGAGCGGAGCACUUUGUCCGCGCCAGCUCCGACAUCGUGUCCCUUAAGAUCCACAGCGUCAGCGCUGAGAGUUCCGAGUACGCCCUGUCUCAGGUCAGCGUGGCUACCGCCGAGGAGACGCCGGCUUCCACGCGCAUUCCGUACGGGAUCUCCAUCAUCGAGCGCAACGCCAGGGUCAUAAAAUGGCUGUAUGGACUGCGUCAAGUCAGAGAGGCCCAGAAGUUGUCCACGUAGUGGGUCAUGUAUGAACUCCUGUGGACGGUAUCUGUCAGGACUGAAGAGCCGGGCUCUCCUUGUUACAUGGUACGACCCCCUCUGUUUGGGAGGAUUUGGAAAGUUUGUUUCAUAGUGUUAGAAUUGUACUUUUUAUUUUUUAAUAUUCACCCUGAAUUGGGACUCGGGAUUUGCACGAGGAGUUGACCAUUCAACAGACCUUUUUAUCUAUUCGAUCAGCCAUCUAAGGCCAGCACCUAGGGCAUGGCAUGUCUUCCUCAACAACAAUGCUCAGAGGAUUUCUACACAUCUAUAGAAUGUGCACAGGAGCCUAUAGGGAAUCUUCAUCUAGAACACUCAGCCGGUGCAGCCAUUCUCAGACGGGGAAUCUAGCACUUUACUGUAGGAAAAUUUAACGGGAGGGUGCAAAUGCCUGGUGUAUUACCAAACGGUGAACUGAAAAGCCAAAUUCAUACUUACAAUACUUCCUUUGUUCCCCUCUUGUAUCACGUCCAUAACCAAUCCAGUGCUGAAGUGUCACCCGAACCAAUAAACUGGCAAGUGCACCCCUUUCCUCUGAGGGAGGGGGUGUGUCCCCCGAAACACGACAGCUUGCUGCAAUCGUGGUGCACUGGAUGGGAUGACACUUUGCCAGCACUUGAUCUUGGUGUGUGUUUGUGUGUGUUUGUGUGUGUUUGUGUGUGUUUGUUUGUUUUCCACCCUCUUAUCACGCCCAUAACAGAUCCAGUGCUGGUGAAGUUUAUCCCCCCCCCCAUCGAGUGCACAAAGAUUUCAUCAAGCUGACACGUUUCAGGGAACAAACCCCCUUCAUCAGAGCUAUCUUUGGCUCUGAGGAAGGGGGGGGGGUUCGUCACCUGAAACAUGUCGGCUUGCCAUAAUCGUGGUGCAAUUGGAUCGGGUGGCACUUCACCAGCACUGGAUCUGUUAUCGCUGUUAUGAGAGGGGGGAAAAACGU